CCUCGCAGAGUUCGGGGCGAGGGGCGGGGCGUCCGGGUCCGGGCGCCGCGGCCUCUGCGCCGGGAUCCCCGAGGCCGAGGCCGCGCCUGCCUGUUGCCCCGCAGUGCCCGCCGCGACCGCCAUGGCCCAGCCGCCGCCCGACGUGGAGGGGGACGACUGCCUCCCCGCCUACCGCCACCUCUUCUGCCCGGACUUGCUGCGGGACAAAGUGGCCUUCAUCACAGGUGGCGGCUCUGGGAUCGGGUUCCGGAUUGCUGAGAUUUUCAUGCGGCACGGCUGCCACACGGUGAUCGCCAGCAGGAGCCUACCCCGAGUGCUGACGGCCGCCAGGAAGCUCGCUGCUGCCACCGGCCGGCGCUGCCUCCCUCUCUCUAUGGACGUCCGAGUGCCCUCGGCUGUCACGGCUGCUGUGGACCAGGCUCUGAAGGAGUUCGGCAAAAUCGACAUUCUCAUUAACUGUGCGGCUGGAAACUUCCUGUGCCCUGCUGGCGCCUUGUCUUUCAACGCCUUCAAGACCGUGUUGGACAUAGACACCAGCGGCACCUUCAACGUGUCUCGCGUGCUCUAUGAGAAGUUCCUCCGGGACCACGGAGGGGUGAUUGUGAACAUCACUGCCACCCUGGGACACCGGGGGCAGGUGCUCCAGGUGCAUGCAGGCUCUGCCAAGGCUGCUGUGGAUGCAAUGACACGGCACUUGGCUGUGGAGUGGGGUCCCCAGAAUAUCCGUGUCAACAGCCUCGCCCCCGGCCCCAUCAGUGGCACAGAGGGAUUCCGGCGACUGGGUGGCCCCCAGGCCAGCCUGAGCACCAGGGUCGCUGUGAGCCCGCUGCAGAGGCUGGGGAACAAGACGGAGAUUGCCCACUGCGUGCUCUUCCUGGCCAGCCCUCUGGCUUCCUACGUGACGGGGGCCGUGCUGGUGGCUGAUGGCGGGGCGUGGUUGACAUUCCCAAACGAUGUGAAAGGGCUGGCAGAUUUUGCAUCUUUCUCUGCUAAGCUCUAGGUGCUGGAUGGCCAAGGCAGCCGAGGUGUUUUGAGGGGGAAGCCAUCCUCAGCCGGCUCUAAGUUCUGUAACUCCUGCAGGAUUCUUCUGGGCCCUGCUUCCCGCCGCCUUGCACAGCCAGGUGGAGUGCCAAUCUGAACCAGCAGUGCCCACAGCCCAGCCCCUCCUCUGGACAUCCAGCUGUUUCCACCGUCUCCCUCCCUCCCCACGGCCCCACCUCCGGGGCAGGAGCAGCUGGACAGUGGGCCUCCCUGUGGAGCUGCCACGCAGGUGGUGAGGUUGCCGACGAGAUGCUGGGAGGUCCCCUGCCCCGCGGUCAAGGCUGUCCUGCCUGCCUGGGUUCAGGGCCUGAGGGAGCCACGUGGAUCCUGAACCUUGUGUUCUCUUCACUGAAAAUGCUGAGGUGCUCCUGUCUGUGCCCAAGAGCUGGCACGGCCCUCAGGCUGCCCACAGGGUCCGCCCCUCCGUUUCUGCACCACCGGUUUGCAUAAACACACUUCCCUACAAUCUUGCCAGAAAGUGCAUUUUCUUUUCUUUUUUUUUUUUUUU